CUGAGAAGCCAGCAAUGUCACCAGAUGAUCUUCCAUCCGAUGAGGUCGUAAUAGUGUACGAGUUAACGCCUACCCCUGAACAGCGAGCUCUCGCUGGCUUUCUCAAGCUGCCUCCAACAUUCUUCUGUUACAAGAACAAGCCUGGAUACGUGAGUGACGAGGAUGAUGAUGAAGACUAUGAAACGGCUGUUAAGAACCUUAAUGGAAGGCUGUAUUCCAGUGAUUCCGAAGGAAAAAAGAAAUUGCAAGAUCCUGUAAAAGCUGUCACAGAAGGAAGGGAAUCUGGCAAUGAAGGAGAAUGUGUUACCGCUCAGGAAAAGAACCCAGAUCCUGAGGAGGAGGGUAAAGCAGAAACUCCACAGGAUCUUUCUACAUCUGUCUGCGGUGCCAGCAGCGAUACUGAGGAUGACAGUCCCAAAGACGUUCAGGCAGAAGUUAAAACUGAAGAAACAAAAGAGGAUGAGGCUACAAGCUCAACUGUCUUAGUUUGUGGCAGCGAGCAGGAAGCACCUCCUCCAUCAACCGAUGAGGUGACAGCAUCUGUCCAGUCAGCUCCCAGCAGUGAAGAACCAGAAUCCCCCACAGAAACUGUGCCUGUGUCAGAGAGUUUGUCAGGAGCUGAUGACACACCUGUAGACUUGUCAACGAAAAAGAGUGAUUUGGACUGCUCGGAGUCAACAGAAGAAAACAGAGUCAUCACAUUUGGUUUCGGCAGCAGUGCAGGCUUGUCAUUUGCAGAUCUGGCUUCCAAGAACUCUGGGGACUUUGCUUUUGGCUCAAAAGAUCAAAACUUCAAAUGGGCAAAUACAGGAGCAGCCGUGUUUGGAGAGACAGCCCGUAAAGCAGAUGAAGAGAAAGGUGGUAGUGAUGAUGAGGUGGUUCAUAGUGAUAAUAUCCACUUUGAGCCAAUUGUGUCCUUACCAGAGGUGGAGGUAAAAUCUGGGGAAGAAGAUGAAGAAAUUCUCUUCAAAGAGAGGGCCAAACUUUACAGAUGGGACCGGGAUGCUACUCAGUGGAAGGAGCGCGGUGUUGGAGAGAUCAAGAUCCUCUUCCAUACACAAAAGAAAUACUAUAGAGUCCUCAUGAGACGGGACCAAGUUCUUAAAGUCUGUGCAAACCACGUCAUCACCAAAGAAAUGAACUUGGUGCCCUCUGAUACGUCAAACAAUGCUUUAAUUUGGACAGCUACCGAUUAUGCUGAUGGCGAAGUAAAAGUGGAGCAACUUGCCGUCCGGUUUAAAAGCCAAGAAAUGGCUAAUUCUUUCAAGAGGAGGUUUGAAGAAUGCCAGCUGAGCUUGUCAGAGCUACAGAAGGGCCACUUAUCUCUGGCAGCAGGACUGUCAAAGGACACCAACCCCGUUGUGUAUUUUGAAGUUUCUGCCGAUGACGAACCUUUAGGACACAUAACCAUGGAGCUCUUUUCCAAUAUCGUCCCUCGAACUGCUGAGAAUUUCCGGGCCCUGUGCACAGGAGAGAAAGGCUUUGGAUUCAAGAACUCGAGCUUUCACAGAAUAGUCCCUGACUUUGUGUGCCAGGGAGGUGAUAUAACGAACCACGAUGGAACUGGUGGACGGUCGAUUUACGGAACAGCAUUUGAAGAUGAGAAUUUUGAAGUGAAGCACACUGGUCCUGGAUUGUUGUCCAUGGCAAAUAAGGGCAGAGAUACGAAUACUUCCCAGUUCUUCAUAACACUUAAAAAAGCAGAACACUUGGACUUCAAGCAUGUGGUAUUUGGGUUUGUGAAAGAUGGCAUGGAUGUUGUGAAAAAGAUGGAAUCCUUUGGCUCUCCGAAAGGUCUCAUGAAUGGCAAGAUUGUCAUUACAGACUGUGGGCAAAUAUAGAAUUAUCACUUUGAGUAUUGAGAAGU